AUGUUCAUUCAUCUUGUGGAUGAGACUGUGUUGGCGCAAAUAUUCAAAAAGUACUGUGAGAGCGAUCAGAUUUAUGUGGCCUCUCGGGUUUGCUCGAGAUGGAGAAGAUUAAUUUUUGAGAAGGUGGAUAUUUCGUUAGGAGUGGAGGAGAGAAAGAUUGAAUGGAUGAUUUGUAAUGAUGAUGAUGAUGUAAAAUCGGAUCCCACUACGAAAUGUCCUCUACUGAAAGUAAGGGAUGAGUAUGGUGAGCAUCAUAUUGAGAAUUAUGAUUCUGAUACGAAGGUUGUUGGAUUGGUAGCUAACGCAACUUCUAAUGAUCAAAUCGUAAGAACUUGCGUUAAUAAUAACACAAUGAAUUUUAAGGAAGAGAGUUGUAGUGAAUGGUUGAUUCGAGAAUUAUACAAUUCAUUUACUUAUAUUGUUGACAGUAUUAUUAGUGAUGAGAUUUUGAAUAAUAAUGAAAGUGUAAACUCGGAAGAAUGGAAUUCUAGCGCCGAUGAGGAUGACAACAAUUGUGAUUUUCGUUGUGAGUGUAGAAAAGUGAAUAUUGAACCCGGAGAUAUGAAAAUUUCACAAUGUUGUGGAACGACAACAUGUAGUUGUUUUGCAAGGAAUCUAUACUGUGGAAUGCACUUUCGUAAUUAUAAUUCUACACUCAACUUGGAAUAUAAUUAUCCAAUUUAUGAAUGCAAUGACAACUGUGAAUGCAAUCCCAACACUUGUAGAAAUAGAAUACUUCCUUUCAACUACAAUGGAAGUGUACCAAUGGACUUGUAUUUAUUUCUGAAAAAUCUCAAAAUUGGUUUGGGAGUGAAAUGCAAAAGACGAAUUUUAAAAGGUGAAUUUAUUUGCGAAUAUAUUGGAGAGAUUUUGAGUGAUGAGGAGGCUAAUACGCUCUUACGGAGUGGACGUGAUCAUAAGGACGAAAACGACAGUACGAAGCAAAUCAAUGAUAUGAACAGCAAGAUCAACAAGAGUCACACGUAUUUAUUGAUUGUGGAAGAACAUUUUUGUACAAACAAAAGUUCAACAGAGAAGGUAACAAACAUUAAGCAAAGAGUAAACAUUGACGCUUCCAGAAAGGGCAACAUUUCACGCUUUCUCAACCACAGUUGUGAACCAAAUUUGACAUGGAGAACCAUACGAACAUUAGGGGGCGAUGAUGUUUCGUCACAAAUACCCAGGGUGUGCUUCUUUGCCUUAAACGACAUUGAGGCAAACAUAGAGCUUACUUUCGAUUACGGUAGUGUCAUGGGUACGUCUGGCGGAUCUACCAAAGAAUCGCUCUCAACCACCAAAUGCUAUUGCGGAUCAUCAAGAUGCAGAGGCUUUCUCCCAUUCACUCACGUUUCUGAAACAGAUUGA